AAUUUAAGGUCUGGGAGCCCAAUGAAGAACGGAUCAACAUGCUAAGAGGCUACAGAUUUAUACUUGUAAGCGAAAGGAGCAGGGAGGUAGAUGGUGAACUGCGAGACCUGAUUGUUCGUGGAGGAGGAGAGUACGAGGCUUUCAGUAUUAUGUCAGGUUUAGGCAAGUGGCGUCAGCUAUUAGCCAAAAAUAAAAGAAAGGUGGACGAGAUGGGUAGCAGUGGUAAGAUGAUGGUAGUUGUAGCUGAUGAAGGGGCUAUGAGCGCCGCACUUGGUUCAGAGCAAUGGCAGAGCUUUGUCGCAGAUGCGAGCAGUCUGAGCUCGCGUGUCAUUCCUCCCGAAAAUCUACUACAAGCUGUUGCCAACACCGACACUACUUACAUAGAGGACCAUCAAGGUGAUAUUGAGAUCCCUGUACAAGACUUUGCAUCUUCAUUGCCAGAUUUUAUACCUAAUACUCACCCAAACGAACCGUCAUUGACGAAUGAUGUUCCGGAACAACCUAUUCCAAUCCCGACGUCUCCCCCGAGAGCAAUCGAAGAUAUUCAAAAGCCAGUUUCACAGCGUAAUGAGGAUCCUCCUGACCUACCACCUCAACCACAGGAAGAUGAAGCUGUGGCAGAACCUUCUCGUCGUCCUCGAAAGACUCUGAUACGUCGAGCAAAUCGUCAGCGGCCAACAGAUACUUCCGAAUCCCAUGCUACCGAUGAAGCAGCUGCGUCUACCUCAGGGGCAGAGAAACCAACUACUACAUCCCACCCGAGGCCCCGCUCUGCAAGAUUGACUAGGCGAGCUGGGACCGCCAUCGCGCCUAUGGUUGUGGCGGAACCAUUUUUGGAAGAGAACGGUGGUACACAGGCUCCCUCACUUUCGAAGUUCAAGGACCUUUUCGAUGCGAGUGAUCCGGACAAACUUGAAAAAGAGGAUAUUCCCAUAUUCGGCCCAUCGGACAGUCAAUCUCAAAUCACCAAUAAUCAGAGCGCAACUCAAAGCGAGACUCAAGCAAUAGCGAAGCCGCGAUCUGGUGUCGAGCCUUCUGGAAGGCUGGGCGUGGUAAUGG